AUGGCACCCGCAGCAGCCCCCUGGCGCUCCCUCUUCCUGUCAAGCCUCGAAAAAAGCAAAUCGUCCUCCUUUUCCCUAGCCUCAAUAGCACAUACAUCCACCAACAAACCCGUCCCGCGCGCCCGCACCGUCGAAUUCCGCGGCUUCUUCCCCAAGCCCGCCUCAACACUCCACCACUCCGGCAUCGACGCGCUGAAGAACCAAGGCAUCGGCCUGAACCCGGAUAUCUACGAGAGCGACCUCUUCUCCGUGACCACAGACGCGCGUAUGAAGAAGAUGGGGCAGCUGACGGAGUCGGACGAGGCCGUUGAGGGCGUGUUUUGGUUCGAGGAGGUCUCGGCGCAGUGGAGGGUUCGUGGGAGGGCGCUUGCCGUUGGGGAUCCGGCGAAUGGUGCGGAUGAGAUGGAGGCUAGGGAGAGGGUGCAGAAGGUCCUCAGGGUUAAGGGGGAUGCGAAUGCGAAUGCCGAGGGGGAUGUCAAGGAGUGGGAGUGGGAUAGGCAGGUUGCGACGUAUUUUGCCAAUCACAGUCCUGUUAUGAGAGGGACCUUUAAGAGUCCGCCUCCUGGCACGCCGCGCUCUGAGGCGCCGUCUGACCCGCGCCUUAAGCUGAAUCAAAAGGUCGAAGAUCUCAAGGAUGAGGUUGCGAGGGCGAACUUCCGCGUUCUGCUCAUUUUCCCGGAGGAGAUGGAGAGGCUGGACUUUUCGAACCCGGACGAUGUGCGGAGGACGAACUGGGCGCUUGUGGAUGGCGAGAAGGCCACGCAUUCCGACCGGAUCAAGUCCACGAUGGCCAGUGUAGCAACUGGUGCGGGAGGCAGCGGCGGCGGCGGCGGCGGCGGCGAUUCACCAGGAGGGGAUAAAGGGAAGGGAAAACUGGACAAAGUCGACACCGGCAACUCGGGCAGUGGGAAGAAGAAGCGUUCGAGAAAGCAAAAGGGUAAAGCGAAAAUGCAAUCGAUCAAGGGUAAAGAGAAAUUGGAAUCGAUGAGCGACGCAAUCACCAGCUCCGGGACCGCCAGUGCAGGACUAUCCAGCGGGGCCUUAGGUGGUGAGUCUUCCUUUUACAGCUACGAGAACGAAGCCAAAAACAUGACUUACUCGGUUUCCCCAGUGCCAGCAACCAGUCCCGCUACGACGAGUCCCGCCGCAGGCUCAGUCCCCGUGGCGAGUGUCCUUAAUUCCGUGACAGAAACCCUGCAGAACCAGUGUCUUGCAUCAACACCAUCGAGUGGAAAUUCUGGCAGCAAUACGCCUGGUACUAGUUCCUUAAAGAGAAAGUCUGAAGAGCCGCAAGUCGCAAGAAAGCUGGUUAAAAAUCCUGCGGACCUUGAGCACCAAGGGACAAGUCCCAGAUCAGACCGCGCAGCUCGCCGAAGCGCCCAAGUAGCAUCGUCCAGUCAGGAAACCGAACAGCAAGAACCGUCAACCGCACAGCAAGAACCGUCAACCGCGGAACAAAUGGCACGGUCAGGACUGCCGAAGGGGCCUUGGGUAGUGCCGCCUCCGCCCCCUCGCGACCAGGGCCGAAAACUGAAACGAAUGCCAACGGAAACAGGAAGCGCAAGUAUAGGAGGCGCGAACAAGGGACCUGGAGAGAGUUCAUCGUCAAGCAAACCAAAAUCCUCGAGGUCACCGCAGACUGCAACGUCAUCGGGAACGGUCCAGGGCCAAGUACUAAAGAAAGACGAUUCGAGUUCCGAAGGCGACAGUAUACUGAAGGGCUUCCCCCUUAGGCAAUCACCACCGGACCAGGUAAACAAGACUCGGCCGAUGAAACGGGAUAGCGAUGAUGAGGAUGGGCCUGGUGCUGGUGCUCCGCCAAUUGCCGCCUAG